AUUGAUAACCUAAGUCGACCGCAUUGGAGUGUCAUUCAAAUCAGCAGAAAGUACUCGCUAGCUAAGGACUUCGCUAGGUUAAAAUGACGGCUGAAGAUGAAAACCUGGACAUGCUGCUCUCUUUAUUCGAAGAGAAUCAGGGUCAGGAACCGGAGACCUCCGCUGCUGGGGCUGGAGAUGAUGAGGAUGAUUUGGAUGGUCUCUUCGAUGAUGAUUGCGACGAAGUUUAUGUUGAGCCCGAGGAAGAGGACGUGUCAUUGGCUAAUUUAAGUACAGAAAGGGAAAAUGAGCAUAAUGGAUCCAAAGAACACCUGGAGGCGGAAUUAAGGAGCAUGCGGGAGAAGAUGCAAAAGCUCCAGCAGCAGCUGUUGGCUUCUCAGACAGGUGAGAACACCUCCCAGGCCAGACACACAGAAGAUGAUCCCUUCUCACGCAGGCAACCGAGCACCAAGACAUCACCAGCCACUCGAUGUUCCACCAAGCCCCUGACUUCCCCACAGCAAUGCAGCAGACCUGCCCUAAAAGCACAUCAUAACAGCAAGUCAUCCCCAACACUGCAAAAAGUAGCUACAGUUUCCCCUAAAGCAGUGGAGCUCACCAGGGCACUGCAUUACCAAGACAGGACUGCACACUAUGACAAAGCAGCCUCCUCUGAAAACCACAAUGCACUGGGACAUAGUGUGAGCGAUAGGCUAUCACAGCCAAUGAGAAGCAGCAGUAAAUUCAACAGUACAGUGAAGUCACCUACACCCAGCAAAAGUGCUGGUGUAUCUCAUCCCAUUGCCAGACAGAACACAUCCCUGCCAUCUGUCAGUCAGGACAUUACCAAGGAGAAAUUCUCAGGUCUCAGGCUUAGGAGACCUCGCUUGUCCUCUGUGGAAAUUGAACACAAAAUGGCUAACCGCAGAUUGAUCCGGCUCUCACAUCUGCCUGAACGACUGGUCAGGGAAAAUCUAGAAGAGAGUGACUGGGUUACCUUUGCUGUGGUGAUAAAGAAAGUGACUACACAGAGCAAGAAUAAUGGAAAAACCUUUAGUAUCUGGAAACUGAAUGAUCUUCAUAACCUGGAGGUGAAUGUAUCGCUUUUCCUCUUUGGGAAUGUUCAUACAGACCUGUGGAAGACAGACACUGGGACAGUGAUUGGCAUACUCAACCCUAACCCAAUGAAGAACAAAGAUGGCUCUAAUGAGCUUUGCCUCACUGUGGACCAUCCACAGAAGGUUCUUAUGUUGGGAGAGGCCAUGGACUUUGGUACUUGCAAGGGCAAAAAGAAGAAUGGAGAUACCUGCACCCAAUUGGUCAACCUGAAUGAAUGCCAGUACUGCCAAUACCAUGUAAAGGCUCAGUAUAAAAAGAUGAGCUCAAAGAGAGCAGAGCUUCAGUCCAGUUUUACAGGCACUGCCCCUGGGAAAAGAAAGGGGCAGGGAGGUCUGAGGGAGCGUCUGUGUCAGAGUGACUUUCACUAUGGGGGCGUGUCCUCACUUGCCUGUGCACCAUCAGUGACUGCACCACAGCCAAAGAAACAACCUUCAAUUCAGGCAGUUUUGGCUUCCAUCCCUUCCAAGAAGCUUGCUCUUGUUUCAGAUGAGGUAUCUGGGUGUUCAGAUGACUUCAGAAGUCUAAUGUCCGUUCCUACUCCAGGAGCGCUUAAUAUAAAGAGACACUUGGGACAAACUAGGGCAAAUGGACCAUGUGGGCCACCAGUUCAGUCCAUCUCUGCCUCAGACCUCCUCAAACAGCAGAAAGUGCUGCAUCAGCAAAGGCUGCAGGCUAGACGGAAGAGGGGAGAAGAGAUCCAAAAGAGGAUGCUGCAGAACACUGGUGCAACUGUUGUUCCAGCAAGACCGUCUAUAAACAGAGGUGCUCUGCUCUCACCGAAAGCAGCGUCUCCUGUACCCACCCUAGGGCGAGGUUUCAUGGACGGAGAGGAUAUUAUUCUGGAUAUGUCCCUGCUUCCUCCCCCAAAAAGCCCAGCAGCCACAAAGCUGGCUGCAGUGAGAAAGCUCCAGGCUAAAGGCGUGGACAUUGUUAAAGAUGACCCCAAUGCCGUGAAACGCAAGCGCCCCAGCAGCAGUGAGAUCACUACCAGAGUGGAGCGUAGCCUGAGCCCACCGGCAGGUGAGAAGACGGCUGUGGAGAAAGAGGAGGAGAUGGAGCCAGCUCAGAAAAGGAGGCGGGAACAGCUGGACUAUAUCCAGUCAGAGGAGUUUCAGCACAUUCUUAAUGCAAAGUCUACAAAUUCCUGGAUUAUGGGGGAGAUGGAAGAGAAGGCCAUGCAGGACUAUUUUGAGCCACUGGUGCAGAAAGAGAAGUUGGAAGAGAAGAUGAAGAGCAUCCGGGAGAUGAAGUGUCGAGCAGUCACCUGUAGAACCUGCAAAUACACACACUUCAAACCAGCUGAGCGCUGCGUGCAGGAGAAACACGACUACCACUGGCAUGAUGCCGUCAAACGCUUCUUCAGGUGCUCCUGUGGCCAGAGGAAGAUCAGCCUAGGCCGCUUCCCUUCUACAGCCUGCAGCAACUGUGGUCUGUACAAGUGGGAGAGAGACAGCAUGUUAAAGGAGAAGAAUGGGCCGAAGAUCGGAGCCGAGCUGCUGCUGCCACGUGGGGAAGAGCAGCCCAAAUUCCUCAACAGUCUGAAAUAGUUAGCAUUUUCUCUGCCACCCAGCGCAGCCCCUCCGUGCCCCUCUGCUCACAUGUCGUGCAGGGGGCUUUCUUAUCUGCAAAACCAAGCAAACCUCUCUUGAUUUUCCUCAAGUCAGACUUUGGCAGAGCCAUUACUGCUGUUAAUUUAGAGAUUUUCAGAUAUGCACACAAUGCCAGAGAUUAGAGGGUUUUGCAAGUGAUUUGCAACUUCCAUUCUAACCUCCAGCACCAACUAUUUUUAUCUGUUUUAUCUCUCUUUUUAUGUCCAAUGUUUUUUUUUUUUUGUUUUUUUUUAUAUUGUUACUGCAAGUUUUCCUAUUUGUUAUGAACUUCUGUAUCAUGUGUGGCUGUGCCUAAAUUAAACUAGCAUGUGAGUUUA